AGCCAGGGGCCACCCUUUCUGUCCCUUUCUUCUCCUUCCACUAUCGGCAAGGGGUUGUCGCCGGCUUCCGCAUCCAUGAUGAAGAACUAUAAAGCAAUUGGCAAAAUAGGAGAGGGAACGUUUUCUGAAGUCAUGAAGAUGCAGAACCUGAGAGAUGGAAACUAUUAUGCAUGUAAACAAAUGAAACAGCACUUUGAAAGUAUUGAGCAAGUGAACAAUCUACGAGAGAUACAAGCACUGAGGCACCUGAAUCCUCACCCAAACAUUCUUACGUUGCACGAAGUGGUUUUUGACAGAAAAUCUGGUUCUCUUGCACUAAUAUGUGAACUUAUGGACAUGAAUAUUUAUGAACUAAUACGAGGGAGAAGACACCCAUUAUCAGAAAAAAAGAUUAUGCACUAUAUGUACCAGUUGUGUAAAUCCCUUGAUCACAUGCACAGAAAUGGAAUAUUUCACAGAGAUGUAAAACCAGAAAAUAUAUUAAUAAAGCAAGAUGUCCUGAAAUUAGGGGACUUUGGGUCCUGCCGGAGUAUCUAUUCUAAGCAGCCGUACACGGAAUACAUCUCCACCCGCUGGUACCGGGCCCCAGAGUGUCUCCUCACUGAUGGCUUCUACACCUACAAGAUGGACCUGUGGAGCGCGGGCUGCGUGCUCUACGAGAUGGCCAGCCUGCAGCCCCUCUUCCCCGGAGCCAACGAGCUGGACCAGAUCUCGAGGAUCCACGACGUCAUUGGCACGCCUGCUGGGAAGACCCUCACCAAGUUCAAACGGUCGAGAGCUAUGAGUUUUGAUUUUACUUUUAAAAAGGGAUCAGGAAUACCUCUCCUGACAGCCAGUUUGUCCCCGCAAUGCCUCUCCCUCCUGCACGCAAUGGUGGCCUAUGACCCCGAUGAGAGAAUCACCGCCCACCAGGCCCUGCAGCAUCCCUACUUCCAAGAGCAGAGGGCAGCUGAGAAGCAGGCUCCGGCCAGGGCCAGGAGGAAGGCCUCCGCUCUCUGCCCCAAGCGGCCGGUGGCACCGGAACUACUCAGUAACAACUGGCAGCCGGCACAGGAGGGCAGCAAGCAGAAACAGCCCCUAAAGCAAGAGGAGGACCAUCGCAGGAGACACGGACCAGCCCGCGUGACGGAACUGCCCGAGCUCAAGCUGUCGGGAGUGACCAAGCCGUCCUCGUACUCCAGCCCAGCGCUGCAGCCCGUGUUUGCCCCCGGAGCGACCCGGAAGGUCCCGGUGCUGAGACCCCUGAAGUGUGUUGGCCCAAACCAGAAGACAGACACACAGAAGGACGUCAAGCCUAGCCUGAAAGAGCACCGCCUGCCCACGGUAGCGCGGAGAGGAGGCGGCUGCUGAGCGGCGCUGCGGCUCCCCUGCAUGGGGCGGCUCCACCCGGCCGGGCACCA